CAUCUCUAUUACAGCCGAUAUUCAUUUGCUGGGCGAAGAAUACAAUUUGUUUUCAUUCUUUUGUUUUCUAGUUAAAUUUAUUUGUUGUCUAUCCUAGAUAGCGAGUUUGUUAACACUUAAUUAAAAAAUAUAUUGUUAACUAAAGACUGUUACCGUCGUUGACCGUGUUGACAUCGUCAACUAACGCUCUGGAGCCAUGAAGACACGUUUCAAUACCUUUGAUAUAAUCUGCGGAGUGGCCGAAUUGCAAAAGCUGGUCGGCUGGCGAGUGAAUCAGAUCUAUGACGUGGAUAACAAGACUUAUCUGUUCCGGAUGACAGGAACAGGAGCUGUGGAGAAGGUCACGCUGCUGAUUGAGUCCGGCACCAGGUUUCAUACCACCCGUUUCGAAUGGCCCAAAAACAUGGCCCCAUCAGGGUUCAGCAUGAAGCUGCGUAAGCAUCUAAAGAACAAGCGUUUGGAGAAGAUCCAGCAAUUGGGCGGCGAUCGUAUUGUGGACUUCCAGUUCGGCACUGGCGAUGCCGCUUAUCAUGUUAUCCUAGAGCUGUACGAUCGUGGUAACCUGAUUCUGACCGAUUAUGAGCUGACUACGCUGUAUAUUCUGCGUCCACACACGGAGGGUGAGAAUCUGCGCUUUGCCAUGCGCGAAAAAUAUCCCGUGGAACGUGCCAAGCAGGCCACGGAGGAACUGCAGCCCGAAGCUGUGGCUGAACUGCUGGAAAAUGCCAAGAACGGCGACUACUUGCGACAGGUCCUGAUGCCCCAUUUGGACUGUGGUCCAGCGGUAAUAGAGCAUGUAUUGCUCUCUCAUGGCCUGGACAACCGUGUGAUCACCAAGGAAACCCCUUCUGAGACUCAUGGAGAGGAGGAAAAGCCAGAAAAGGCCGGUAAAAAACAAAAGAAGGGACGAAAUCAGCCUAAACUAGAGCAAAAACCAUUUGAUAUGGUUAAUGACCUACCCACUCUGCAGCAGGCAGUAAAGAGCGUCCAAGACCUAAUUGCUGAGGGAAACAGUGGCAAAACUAAAGGCUACAUCAUUCAAGUGAAAGAGGAAAAGCCAACAGAAACAGGCAAUGUGGAAUAUUUCUUCCGAAACAUCGAAUUUCAUCCGUACCUUUUUGCCCAGUUCAAAGAAUUCGAAAAUGCCCAGUUCGAGACUUUCAUGGAAGCCGUCGAUGAGUUUUACUCGACGCAGGAAUCGCAGAAGAUCGAUAUGAAAACCCUGCAUCAGGAGCGUGAGGCUUUAAAGAAGCUAUCCAAUGUGAAGAACGAUCACGCCAAGCGUCUAGAGGAGCUGACUAAAGUUCAGGAUGUAGACAGAAAGAAGGCAGAGCUAAUUACGUCCAAUCAAAGCCUGGUGGACAAUGCCAUUCGAGCCGUUCAGUCGGCCAUUGCCAGUCAAUUGUCAUGGCCGGAUAUUCACGAGCUGGUGAAGGAGGCCCAGGCCAAUGGCGAUGCCGUGGCCAGUUCCAUUAAGCAGUUGAAGCUGGAGACGAAUCACAUAUCACUUAUGCUAAGCGAUCCUUAUGAAAACGAAGACGAUACGGAGACACCGGACGUGACUGUUGUGGAUGUCGAUUUAGCUUUAUCCGCUUGGGCCAAUGCCCGUCGUUAUUAUGACAUGAAGCGUUCGGCAGCUCAGAAGGAAAAGAAAACAGUGGAUGCCUCGCAAAAAGCGCUUAAGUCAGCUGAGCGUAAGACACAACAAACGCUCAAGGAAGUCCGAACUAUAUCGAACAUUGUUAAGGCCCGAAAAGUGUUUUGGUUCGAAAAGUUUUAUUGGUUUAUAAGCUCUGAGAAUUACUUGGUUAUCGGAGGCAGAGAUGCACAGCAGAAUGAGUUAAUUGUAAAGAGAUACAUGCGCCCAAAAGAUAUUUAUGUGCACGCGGAAAUCCAGGGUGCCUCGAGUGUUAUCAUACAGAAUCCAACAGGAGAAGAGAUACCACCCAAGACUUUGCUAGAAGCCGGCUCCAUGGCCAUUUCAUACAGCGUGGCCUGGGACGCCAAGGUGGUAACCAAUUCCUAUUGGGUGAACAGCGAUCAGGUAAGCAAGACUGCACCAACCGGAGAGUACUUGGCCACGGGUAGCUUCAUGAUUCGAGGCAAGAAAAACUUCCUACCAUCCUGUCACCUUACCAUGGGCCUUAGCUUACUCUUCAAGUUGGAGGAUAGUUUCAUAGAGCGGCAUUUGGGAGAGCGGAAGGUGCGAAGCUUAGAUGAUGAUUCGAACGAACAGGAUUUCAAGGAGCCCGAAGUUACACAAGAACACGAUCUUCUGUCCGAUGAAAAUGAUUCGGAAGGAAAUCCCAUUGCGAAUGUAUCGGAGCAAAGCUCCAACACUGACACAUCUGCUUUCCCCAAUACGGAAGUGAAGAUUGAACACGACACAGGUCGCAUCACAGUGAGGGCGAACUCCUUGAAUGGCGAGAACGACGAGAUCGAGGAAAAGGAAAAUGUAAUCGAUAAACUGCUGAGUAAGAAGCCUGCUGAUGAGGAGACCACCAUUAUUUUGGCUGGUCCCAGUCGCAAGAAGCAAGUCAGUGCCAAGAAGACAAAGGAAGACAAGGCACGAGCUGCUAAACAGGAAGCUGCCAAACAGGAAGCCGCAUCACUAGCCGAAGCGGAACCCAAGAAUCCGUCCCAGGUCAAGAGAGGCCAAAAGGGAAAGCUUAAGAAAAUGAAGUUAAAGUACAAGGAUCAGGACGAUGAAGAGCGGGAAAUCCGAAUGAUGAUCCUCAAGUCCUCCGGCAAAGAAAAGCCCCAGUCCAGCAAUGAAAAGGUAGUGGAGAAGAAUGUGGCCAUUAAAGAAGAUGCAACGAAGCCGGCCAAGAAUGCAGCUCCCAAGAACACCGCUGUUGAAUUGGAGGAUGCCGACGAAGUGCCCACUGGCGGGGAUGUGGAUAUACUGAACAGUUUAACUGGGCAGCCCCAUGAGGGAGAUGAGUUGCUCUUUGCCAUACCUGUGGUGGCUCCCUACCAGGCCUUGCAGAACUACAAGUUCAAGGUAAAGCUUACCCCCGGUACCGGAAAGAGAGGAAAGGCUGCCAAGUUGGCCCUUAAUAUUUUUGCCAAGGAAAAGAGCUGUAAUACUCGCGAGAAAGACUUGCUGAAAAGCAUAAAGGAGGAGUCCCUGGCGAGGAAUAUACCAGGAAAAGUCAAGUUAUCCGCUCCGCAGUUACAAAAGUAUCAUAAAUAAAUUGGAUGGAUUGGAAUAAAUAUUCA